GGGGCGGGAACGCGCGAUGGGCAAGUGGAGCAUUGGGCGAAAGCCGGGCCGCGCACUCGGACUCCUGCUGCUGGUGAUCGUGGGUUUCCUGGUGCUCCGCAGGUCGGAUUGGUAUAAUCUGAUCCCUGCAUGGCUAAGACACCGGCAGUCAGGGCUGCAGGCCAACGGCCAAUACUUCAUGCUGGAGGACUCCACUUUCUGGAUCUUUGGGGGCUCCAUGCACUAUUUCCGGGUGCCCAAGGAGUACUGGAGGGACCGCUUGCUGAAGAUGAAAGCCUGUGGCUUGAAUACCCUCACCACCUAUGUUCCAUGGAAUCUCCAUGAACCAGAAAGAGGCAAAUUUGACUUCUCUGGGAACCUGGACCUGGAGGCCUUUGUGCUGAUGGCUGCGGAGAUCGGGCUGUGGGUGAUUCUGCGUCCAGGCCCUUAUAUCUGCAGUGAGAUUGACCUCGGGGGCUUGCCCAGCUGGUUACUCCAAGAUUCUGGCAUGAGGCUGAGAACAACUUACAAGGGCUUCACGGAAGCAGUGGACCUUUAUUUUGAUCACCUGAUGUCCAGGGUGGUGCCACUCCAGUAUAAGCAUGGAGGCCCCAUCAUUGCUGUGCAGGUGGAGAAUGAAUAUGGUUCCUAUAACAAAGACCCCGCCUAUAUGCCUUACAUCAAGAAAGCCUUGGAGGACCGAGGUAUUGUGGAAUUGCUGUUGACUUCCGACAACAAGGAUGGCCUGCAAAAGGGAGUCAUGGAUGGAGUGCUGGCCACCAUCAACUUGCAGUCACACCAUGAACUGCAGUUAUUAACCAACUUUCUCUUAAGUGUGCAGAGGGUUCAGCCCAAGAUGGUGAUGGAGUACUGGACAGGAUGGUUUGACUCGUGGGGAGGCCCACACAACAUCCUGGAUUCUUCUGAGGUUCUAAAAACAGUGUCUGCCAUCCUCGAUGCUGGCUCCUCCAUCAACCUCUACAUGUUCCAUGGAGGUACCAACUUUGGCUUCAUAAAUGGAGCCAUGCACUUUCAUGAAUACAAAUCUGAUGUCACCAGCUAUGACUAUGAUGCAGUGCUGACAGAGGCUGGGGAUUACACAGCCAAGUACUUCAAGCUCCGAGGUUUCUUUGGCUCUAUCUCAGGUGUCCCUCUUCCUCCCCAACCUGACCUUCUUCCCAAGACUGCGUAUGAGCCCUUGAGACCGUAUUUAUACCUGUCACUGUGGGAUGCCCUGAAGUACAUGGAGGAGCCAGUCAAUUCUGAAAAACCAGUCAAUAUGGAAAACCUGCCAGUAAAUAAUGGAAAUGGACAGUCCUUUGGGUACACUCUGUAUGAGACCACCAUUGCUUCAUCGGGCAUCCUUAGUGGUCUUGUGCGUGACCGGGGACAGGUAUUUGUGAACACAGUGUCUGUAGGAUUCUUGGACUAUGAAAGGAAGAAGAUUGUUAUUCCCUUGAUCCAGGGUUACACCAGGCUGCGGAUCUUGGUGGAGAAUCGCGGGCGAGUCAACUACGGGAAUAACAUUGAUGACCAGCGCAAAGGUUUAAUUGGAAAUAUCUAUCUGAAUGAUUCUCCCCUGAAAAAAUUCAGAAUCUACAGCCUGGAUAUGAAAAAGAGCUUCUUUCAGAGGUUCAGCGUUGACAAGUGGAGCCCUAUCCCUGAAGUACCUACGUUCCCUGCUUUCUUUUUGGGUGCCUUGUCAAUUUCCCUUUCCCCUUUUGACACCUUCAUGAAGCUGGAGGUUUGUAUCUCCUCCCUGCCUGGGUUCUCCAGUCUUCCCUCAGAGAGCUCUGAACCCAAGCCCUGUACCUGCUCUUGCUGGAGCCCUCUAUACCAUCUGCACGGAGAGAUUCUCUGUGUUGGCCUCUCUGAAGGGCCUCUGGGGCCUUCCUUGGGUGGGGGAGUGGACUCAGAGCAGAAGAACCACCGGGUGGUACUUCUCAGGGUCCAGGUGUGCACUUGGGUACCUUGCUGAGGAGGCUCAAAGCUAGUGGAUUCAGGAGAUAGAAUACCCAUGUGUUAACCUCAUGAGUGUUGAAAUAUUCAUUCACACUGAUAUCUUAGAAGCUGA